AAUGUGAAAAUUCGGCUUCAGAACCUUCAUGUGAAAGUGACAACGACGAAAAUGCAAAAAUAAGAUCUAAUCCAACAAGAAAUGGUGCCAAACGAUUAAAAACAAAAGAGAGUGAUACAAACGAAUUAAAAGUUCUUUUAAAAGAAAUUAAAUACCUCAGGAAUGAUAUAAAAAAUGUAGAAGAAAAAGUCGAGACAACAAAUAUUAAAACCACAAUAAGAGACACCUGGCCAGACAGGAAAUUCGAGAAACUACGUGAUCAACAUGAAUACGAUACCUUGCGGUCGAUCGGUUAUGAAUUGGACUUAGCAUUAAAUACAACUUCUGGAACAGAAGCUUUACAAUAUAUUGAAAAUGCACGUACAAUGUCAAAAGAAAGAAUGAUAGUUUUGAAUGUUGCAAGCGAAUAUGGCUGGGAUGUAGCUGCUGAAUUACCACAAUCCAAAAAUAAAAACAUGAUCGAAUAUUCUGAAGCAAUUGAAAAAGCAAAACAAGCAGCAUCACUCAAAAAGAGUAAUAAACGGAA